AUCAUUGUGAUUCUGGUCAAGGUGCUGAAGCUGCACCAUGGAGGGAAUCAAAUUAAAUCUGUGCCUCCUGUGCAUAUUUUCUUGUGACGUCUUUGCUCUUUCAAAUGGUUUCAUACACAACGCAUAUGGCUCAGCUUAUGCAGGUGCAAGCGCUGGGGCUUACAAGCCAUUACCCGGUUCAUACGGAUCAAAGCAUGUACCAGUAUAUAAACCUAUGAAUAAGAUUCCAACAUCAUAUAUAUCCAAGAAAAGUUAUCCGGCACCCUAUAAACCGAAAGGCUAUCAUCCUACGAAUAGUUAUCAGCCAACAUAUGGAUCAAAGACAAACUAUCCGCCAAUAUAUAAGCCAGUUGCAAAGAAGCUAUCAUCAUACAAAGCUAUUAAGACAACGUAUCCGGCCUAUAAAGCAAAGACAAGUUAUCCACCAGUUUAUAAACAUAAGAUAACUAAUCCUCCAACAUAUAAACCUAAGAUUACUUAUCCCCCAACAUAUAAACCAAAGCCAAGUUAUCCUCCAACAUAUAAACCAAAGCCAAGUUAUCCUCCAACAUAUAAAGCAAAGAAAACUUAUCCUUCAACAUAUAAACCAAAGCCAAGUUAUCCUCCAACAUAUAAACCUAAGAUAACUUAUCCUCCAACAUAUAAACCAAAGCCAAGUUAUCCGCCUUCAUAUAAGGCAAAGAAAUCAUAUCCUUCAACAUAUAAACCAAAGCCAAGUUAUCCUCCAACAUAUAAAGCAAAGAAAACUUAUCCUCCAACAUAUAAACCAAAGCCAAGUUAUCCUCCAACAUAUAAAUCUAAGAUAACUUAUCCUCCAACAUAUAAACCAAAGCCAAGUUAUCCCACUUCAUAUAAAUCUAAGAAAACUUAUCCUCCAACAUAUAAAACUAAAAUAACUUAUCCACCAACAUAUAAACCAAAGCCAAGUUAUCCACCAUCAUAUAAACCUAAAACUACAUAUCCUCCAACAUAUAAACCUAAGAUAAGUUAUCCUCCAACAUACAAACCAAAAGCAAGUUAUGUGUCAUCAUAUAAACCAAAGCCAAGUUAUCCUCCAACAUAUAAACCUAAGAUAAGUUACCCUCCAACAUAUAAACCAAAGCCAAGUUAUCCUCCAACAUAUAAACCUAAGAUAAGUUACCCUCCAACAUAUAAACCAAAGCCAAGUUAUCCGCCUUCAUAUAAGGCAAAGAAAUCGUAUCCUUCAACAUAUAAACCAAAGCCAAGUUAUCCUCCAACAUAUAAACCUAAGAUAACGUAUCCUCCAACAUAUAAACCAAAGCCAAGUUAUCCGCCUUCAUAUAAGGCAAAGAAAUCGUAUCCUUCAACAUAUAAACCAAAGCCAAGUUAUCCUCCAACAUAUAAACCUAAGAUAACUUAUCCUCCAACAUAUAAACCAAAGCCAAGUUAUCCUCCAACAUAUAAACCUAAGAUAACUUAUCCUCCAACAUAUAAACCAAAGCCAAGUUAUCCGCCUUCAUAUAAGGCAAAGAAAUCGUAUCCUUCAACAUAUAAACCAAAGCCAAGUUAUCCUCCUACAUAUAAACCUAAGAUAACUUAUCCUCCAACAUAUAAACCAAAGCCAAGUUAUCCUCCAACAUAUAAAGCAAAGAAAACUUAUCCUCCAACAUAUAAACCUAAGAUAACUUAUCCUCCAACAUAUAAACCAAAGCCAAGUUAUCCCACUUCAUAUAAAUCUAAGAAAACUUAUCCUCCAACAUAUAAACCUAAAAUAACUUAUCCACCAACAUAUAAACCAAAGCCAAGUUAUCCACCAUCAUAUAAACCUAAGAUUACUUAUCCUCCAACUUAUAAACCUAAGAAAAGUUAUCCUCCAGCAUACAAAUCUAAGGCAAGUUAUCCCCCUUCUUAUCAACCCAAGAAAACUUAUCUGCCAUCAUAUAAACCUAAGAAAACUUAUCCUCCAACAUAUAAACGUAAGAUAAGUUAUCCACCAACGUAUAAAACAAAGCCAAGUUAUCCAGCAUCUUAUAAACGUAAAACAAGUUAUCCAUCAACAUAUAAACGUAAGACAAGUUAUCCUCCAACAUAUAAACCUAAGAUAAGUUAUCCUUCAACUUAUAAAACAAAGCCAAGUUAUCCACCAACGUAUAAACCAAAACCAAGUUAUGCAUCAUCAUAUAAACCUAAGAUACGCUAUCCACCUACGUAUAAACCAAAACCAAGUUAUGCGUCAUCAUAUAAACCUAAGAUAACUUAUCCUCCAACUUAUAAACCUAAGAUAAGUUAUCCGCCUACAUAUAAACCGAAAAUAACUUACCCUCCUUCAUAUAAACCAAAGAUCAGCUAUCUUCCAGCAUAUAAACCAAAGAUUAGCUAUCCAUCACAAUAUUAAAAGUAAUAACAUAAAUAUAUACAUUACUGCACUCUACAUAUUUCUUACGUUUUUGUUGAUGUGGAACAGCUUAAGAUGUAAAAGUAAUGUUUAACCGGUUAAGGAUUUGUAAUAUUCAAUCUUUAUGUUUGUGAAUUGGUUAUGUUCUUCAAGUAUUGUUUAAAAUAAACGUUUAUUCUCUUA